AUGACUUCUGUUUGUGGAGUUUGUAAAACAGUAGUAAACAGUAUAACACCAAGUAUCCAAUGCGCUGGUUCUUGUGCGAAUUUUUAUCACGCCAAAUGUGUAAAUAUAUCUCCUGAUAAGUUGCAUAUUUUGAACGGAUCGGAGGAUGUAUAUUGGAUGUGCACAACCUGUCGAGGUCGUUUGAAUUCUUCUACAGGUGGUCCCGAUGUCGAUGUUCUGAAAUUUAUGCGUGAAGUAAAAGCUGAACUCAUAAGCAUUCAAAAUAACAUGGAAGACUUUAAGAAGUCCGUUGGGUUUUGCUCGGACAAGGUGACUGAUUUUGAAGCAGCUAUGAAGACUUUCAGUAAUCAAAUGAAAUCUAUGGAUUCACUGAAAAAAGAAAAUAAAGAUCUGCAAGAAUCAGUUCGAUUAUUGAAUAAAAAAGUAGCAGAUUUAGAACAGUCUGCCAGAGCUUACAACAUCGAGAUUCAUGGAUAUCCAGAGAAGAAGAAUGAGAAUAUUUAUUCCAUAGUCGAUUCUAUACAUGAAACACUAAAUAUCCCACUCUCAAGGGAUGUUGUUGAAUCAGCCCAUAGGGUCAAGUCCUUUGAGUCUGGUAAGCCGAGAAAUAUCGUCAUAAAAUAUGUUUCUCUCAAAUCUAGAAAUAGUGUACUGGCAGCGGCGAAAGCUAGAAGGAAUUCUUCUAAUGGAGCCCUAAUAAUCAAUGAGAUACCUAACGCGAGAAUUUACAUCAACGAACAUCUAACCCCAGAAAAUAAGAUACUUUUCAAAAAGGUGAGGGAGACUGCCCGACAGAGAGAUUAUAAAUAUGUUUGGAUCAGAAAUGGCAGUAUUUUGGUCCGAAAAGAUGAUGAUUCCUCCGUGAAGCAGAUAAGCAGUGAGGGUCAGAUUGUGUACAUGUAG